UUGAAUAAGUGCAAUUGAUAGAAUAAGUGUGCCACACAUCAACCUAUCCGCUUCAGUUUGUUUCUAUUCGUCAGCUGGAUAAGAUCGACAUUUUUUGGUGUGCAACAAUUUCACAGGUCGUUAAUUAAGCUCAAUUUUUCUACGUUUUAAAAACAACAUUGCAACAUCAUUCUACACAUCUUAAUGGCUAGAAGUGAGACAAGAAAACAACUGAACAAAAUGUUGAGCAAUCGUUCUUUUGUGUUCGCUGUAGUUUUUGUGGCGCUUUGCAUUGGAUUUUCGAGUGCCGAAACAUCUGUCGGAGAAUGUGUGAUCUGCGACUCGACUAAAGAUGCAAACUGCGCCGUAGAUCCAUCAAAAAUUGCACCACAGAAGUGCUCCACUCAAGAGAAUACCUGUUACACUCGUAUUCAUGAUGGAGUCACAUAUCGUGGAUGUUUGAAAGAGCUCGAUGAAGGAAUUCAAAAAAAUUGUUCGAGUGACGGCAUGGGUCAAUAUUGUUUUAUCUGCGAAAAUGUGAAUACAAAUAAAGGAUGCAAUAAUUUUGUUUUCCCAUCUCAUCGAUUGACGUGCCAUUCAUGUUCAGGCGGUUUGAAUUCAGCUUGCUUCAACGUCCCAAGUGAUCCUCCAUUGCCUUGUAAAAUUUACAAUGUUGAAGACAGCUGCUACACCUAUAAAACUGCAAAAACAAUCGAACGAGGUUGCUUGUCCGACACAUCGAAAUGUAGCAAUGUCAGCCAUUGUAGCAUCUGUACUGGAGAAGGAUGUAACAAUGAGAAAGGCAGUAGCGACAAGAUUCCAACCGCACCAUCAUCAGCCGCCCAUCUCGCAGCCACAUUCAGUGUAGCUAUUGUUAUGUUCGUUAGUCUUUCGUUGAUCUCUUAGAAAUUUCUUCUAAGUAGUUGAAAUGAAUUCCAACUGUAAAUUUUAUCAUAGAUUUUGUCAGAAUUGUUCAAUUAAUGUUUGAACUAAUAAUGUUUAAAAUGAUUUACCAAAUAAAUCGUAAUCGAAUUUAAAAAAAAAAAAUAUUUUGAAUUGGUCAUAAAAAAUCGAUUUAAUUUUAUUUCUUUGCAAAUAUUUAUGAAUAGAUUAUCACCGAUUAUUUUAUUGUCACCAAUUUAGAUGACGUCAAUGUAUCAUAAAUUGAAGUUUUCUACACAAUUUUCGAUGAACCACAGUUAAUUAAAGUUAGUUCCAAAUCUAAUUAAUUUUUAGCUAUUACUAGAAGUUAAUUGCUCAAAAAAUUAUUUUGUAUAAAUGAAAUAAAACAAAUCAAAAUAAAAAAAGAAAUGCAAAUGUCAA